AUGCAGGCCUUGGAAGAACACUAUAAGCCAUUUCUCUCUUCGCGAGUCGAAGCGCGCAAGUUUUCCCCUUUCUGGAGUCAGAAUCUGCCUGAGGGCCUCAAGCCCCAUCCCAAGCCGAUUGACCUUGGCCCUGGACUACCUCAUGAGGGUUUCUUUCCAAUCGAAUCGAUGCACUUGAACGUUGUUGAAGAACCAUUCCAACACACAUCCGCCGGUACAAAGUCGCACAAGCUUCACAAGCCCGCUCCAGAGGGCUCGAAACACUUCGAGGAGCGCGCAUUUGUCACCGAGAAGCUCAGUAGUGACAGCGCGGUCGACGUUUGGCGCUACGAGCCAAACAGCCCGGAGGUUAUUCCUCUCUCGCAGGGGCUGCAGUACACUGAGACUGCUGGUAUGAAGCAGCUCUUAGAUUUCUGCAGAGGCUUCGUCUCCUACGCCCACCCUCCAGCUUACAACGAAUGGGACGUCACUCUUGCCAACGGAUCGUCCGAUGCCACCUUCAAGAUUAUUGAAACGCUUUGCGACAGCAGUGUCACGGUUUUGGUCGAGGAGUUCACUUUCUCACCCACGCUCGCCAUCAUAACUGCCGCUGGUGGCACUACGGUCCCUCUCAAGCUGGACAUUACCGCGGAUCCCGACGUGCAAGGGAUAAAUGUGGAGUACCUUACUGACCUCCUGGAUAACUGGUCUCAGGGCCCUAACGCUCACCUCUCGAAGCCCAAGUUGCUAUACACUAUCCCUACCGGCCAGAAUCCUACAGGUAUGACUCUGUCGUUUGAGAAGCGUAAGCAGAUUUAUGCUCUUGCGGAGAAGCACGAUUUUAUCAUUAUUGAAGACGAUCCUUACGGGUACUUGAGGUACCCUUUCUAUGACCGGAAAAACCCUGACUACAACCCAUAUGCGCUACACGAAUACACGGCAAAAGACUAUUGUGAGAAAGUUCUCUCAAAAUCUUUUAUUACAAUGGAUACUUCUGGACGUGUUCUGAGGUGUGAAACCUUUUCCAAAGUUUUCUGCCCUGGCCUUCGGUUAAGCUUCAUUGCGGGCAAUAAGUAUCUUAUCAAAAAGAUUGUUGACUUUGCAGAAGUCUCUUCCAGGGCACCAAGUGGUCUUUCUCAACUUAUUGUCAACAACGUCAUACAGAAGUGGGCGAAAAGCUACAGCAGCCCUCAAGAGGCAUGGUUGGUGUGGGUGAUGAAGGUUGCUGGGCACUACACCCAUCGUAGAAACAUGUUUGUUCAGGCGCUGGAGGCUACUGAGGCUUUCAGCGAGGGUUUGUUUUCGCUGGCGCAAACAUCAGCAGGCAUGUUCUUAGCGGUUGAAAUCAACUUUGAUCACUUCGCAAAAUCCCUCAGCAUAACCGAGCGAUCAAAAGCUAUGCAGCGCCUCAGCUCAAUAUCGAUUGAAGAAGGUGUCGGAAUAAUUCAAGGGAUAAACAUGGCUGCCGACAGGAAGUACUCGCUUGCUAGGUCUUUCUUUUUGAGAUUGACAUUCGCUUUUGCAGCUGACGUCGAAGAGCUACAAGAAGCUGCUGACAGGCUAGGAAAGUCCGUCAAGAGGCUGGCUGCUGAGCUCUGA